UGCUAUUGGAUCCUGUCAUUCCAGUCGAGCUGAAGCAUGAAUUCUUAGAUGAAACGCCAGGUGGCCCACAGGGAUGCAUACUACCAGACACACCGACUCUUAUAGCCAGGUCCCAUUCCAUUACACAGGCGGCAGCCAAUGCUCUAGCAAACACAGCAUUGCCAACAGACAUACGACUGUUGACAAACGACCCUUUGACAAACAUUCAUGUGCCAUCAUUCGGUGUGACGCCAACGCUAAUUGACGCCAAGGGAACUCGAAUGUAUACAUUUUUGCACCCUGCCAAGUACAGUCGCAAUCAUAGCAAUGUGUUAUUAGAUUAUUGUUGUCCCAACUUAGACGGGCCUAUGCCUGCAAUUGAUCCCACUAGAAUUCACGCGCAAGUUCAAACUCCUGUUGUAGAAUUGCCCGAAUUCAUUGUUCUCACAACAAAAGUAGUAACGCGGGCGGAAUUGGAGAGUAACUCCACUGCUAUUCCUGAAGUUAUACGGAAGAAGGCGGAGAAACUACGAAGUAGUAUAGCAAAUCAACAUGUUCAACCUACACCUUUGGGUAAGGCACUUGCAGUGGCUCCUGCGGCUGGUUUCGUGUCGGAACAUGGGCGGACGAAUCAAAUGCAGCAGCAGAUGUCACAUCCAACCCAAUCAACGAGUGCGCCAUUGAUGAUGAAGCCUACACACUUACCUCCAGGUCCACAUUUGUCGCCGGCCAUAAACGCACUCACUAAAUACUUGCCAUCCACUACAACCAUUACGCCUAAGAUAAGACCAGCACUCCCACAGCCACCACUAUCUAUAGCGCUGCCACAAGCUAAGUCCAGUCCAACAACGUCUAUAUCAGUGGUGCAUAAGGGAUCAGACUUGCUAACUGAUAUGCAGCUAGACCUACUGAGGUCUAAUCUGAGGCGUUUCGAUGUAAUUUUUAAGAAACUAGCUCAGCCAUUUGAUAAGCUCAGUUUUAUAGAACGUCAUCAUAUAAUUGAAAAUAUUAUAAAAUCUGGCAAGUUUCUUCCUAAGGAUUUGGACUGGAGCAUAGUCUUAAUGGAGGAGUAUUUAAAACAAGUUAAUUCUAUGACGCAACGGGAAAUAGCACCAAUAAAUGAUGCAAAUGCUAAUUCCACAGCAACAACAAAUCCAUUACCCCACAUUCAGAUGACACCAUUAACAGCAGCCCAAAACUCGGUGGUCGUUCCAAAGUCUUCGGUGUUUAACACCAAUGCUCCGUGUCGUCAAAAGGAAAUCGAAUCACAUCAAAAAGCGGAAUUGAGAAAACAACAAUCCUCUUCAUCAUCAAAAACCCUAAAUACUGGGGCAAAUAUGCCUAACAUAAGAAAGCGGCAAGUGCCUAUUUAUGAUACGGAGAAAAAUAUAAUCGGAUAUCAAUUGCAAGUUAUAACUCCAACUAGCAGUGCGACAUCAUCUUCGAAGGAAAUGGUUAGACGAUCUGAGGGCAAUCCGACGACGACCGAGGAACGAAAGGCAACCAAGCGACCAGCUCAAGGAUCUCCUCAAAUAUUUUACGCAACACCCCCCUUGCAAACAUCAACACCGCAAUCACAUCUAAGGCCAGUAGCUUUUAACGUGCCGCAAGAAAGUUUCAAAAAGGCUGGAAGCAGUGCUCAACAUCAUGGUUCUAUUGUAACCACUUUGCGUUCUGCGGGCUCGGCGACCACUGGCACUGAAACUAUUACCACAACAACAACAAUGGAAGUUAAACGUGUCACACGUAGUCGAGCCGCAGGUUCGAAAAUCAUUAUUAUGUCCAAAUCAAAUAACAAUGAAGAAGCCAUAUUGCCUGAUGUCAGCCAUCGUACAGAAAUUAAAAGUGAACAGGAUGACGUGAACGAGUUUGUCGGAUAAUGCUACUCAAAACAAAUAUCCUAUAAAUAUGAGGCACAUAUUCAGUGGAAUAACUGAAAUUCGUCGUCGUACGAUAUGUAUAUUUUCCGCAUAAUUAAAAUGUUGUCAAAAAAGCUUGACAUUACCGACUUUUUAAAAUAACUUAUACUUCAGUACGUUAAAAUAGUAUAUACAAUAUAACUUAAGAAUAUAUACAACUAUAUAUAGCUAAGUAUGUUUGUAAAAAAUAUGAUUUAAGAAAACAAAACCUGUCACCGCAAACCCAUUUAUUUAAUUUUGAAGUGUAUUCUAUUCUUUUUAAUUAAUCGUAUGAAUCUGGAUAAAAUGUUUAUGUAUUUAGUUUGUUACAGUUAGAUGUUUAGCUUUAAUUUGAACUUCAAUAAACGCAUGGUAACAAACAAAUUUAUUUGUAGUUCAAGAAUAACUA